AAGUUUCUCUAAUACAGUACAACGUAGUACCCCCAAGGACUCACCUUAGCAUCCCUGACAAUUGUACAUCGCUUUUACGUAGUUCCUCCCACCUGAGCAUUCUCCUUACAGUCUUUCGCGCAGAAUCAAGCGCGCCUGUGUUAUCCAGCCGUCCAAUUCGCUGUUGACCAGAUUAGAGUUAUGGCGUUGCGCUAUUCCGCUCUGUCCCUCUGGCUGCUGUUACCAGCUGUCGUACAUGCUGCGUUACCAAACGCGCACGAUGACGUAGCGGCCACUCGGAUCCGCGGCCAGGCGAGGAGCUUGGCGCAAGUCGCCCCGUGCCGCGCGUCGACGCUGGGAGGGUACACGUCAUCAGUCGGAUUCAACAGGAAAGGGUUCAACCUCCACUGGAAGGUGACGGGCCGUCAGAGCAUCGAUAUUGCCGUCGAGGCGAAAUCCGGCAGCGGCGUCGCCAGGGGAUGGUUCGCUAUAGGCUGGUCCAAGUCCGGUCUAAUGUACCCCGCCGACGCCGUUAUAAUGAAUUUCAAAUCGAACGACAACGACGCUACACCGCCGGUGGGCACAUACGCGCUGUCGAAGCGUGACGAUUCGGGCGUGAAGCCAACAACGAGGUUCGCUAUAACGGACACGGAAUUCACGUCCAACUCUAGCGCCGGAGUUCUCGUGAGGUUCACUCGCAGCAAGUUCGACGGGAUCGUGCCCGUCAAUUACAACGGCCCGAACCAGAUCAUCUUCGCGUACGCGCCGUACGGCAGCCAGGAGGUCCAGGGCCACGGCGGCAAAAAGGGAUGGAUUCUUGUCGACUUCUCCUGCAAGCCUGGUUCCGCCUCCGCGUCUGGCUCCCCCCCGCCUUCCUCCCCCUCCAAAGCGCCCUCCGCCACACAAACCCCUUCCCCCUCCAAAUCCCCGAAAUCUCCGGCCAAGUCCCCCGCCAAGUCUCCCCCCACAUCUCCCCCAAAAUCCCCGAAGUCUCCCCCGAAGUCCCCCCCGCCCGCGUCCCCUUCCCCGCCAACUGGUGUGAUGAACCCCGUGAGCACCCCCUGUAAAAGCACCUCCGGUAGCAGCAGCAGCUCCUGCAAGGCGUCUACUCUGGCUGGCUACACUGGCUACGUAGACUUAAACGGCAAAGGUCUCCACCUGCAUUGGAAAGUGACCUCUGAUACCAGUGUAGCUCUGGCCGUUGAGGCGAAAGCAGGCAGUGGAGCAGAGAAAGGGUGGUUCUCCGUGGGUUGGUCCGGAUCCGGUUCUAUGGUCCCUGCUGACGCCGUCAUCGGGAACGUGAAAGGCCUGUUGCCUGUAGCGAGUUACGCUGUAUCGGGGUAUAGUGCGAGUAAAAUCGCGGUCACUUCGCGGUUUGCGAUUGGGCAGCCAGAGCUGCUGACGUCAACUAGUGGCGUCACCAUGAAGUUUGGUCGCAGCAAGGCUGACGGGGAGGGCAUAGCGGCGAUCAACUACAAGGGAAAGAACAAGAUCAUCUGGGCAUACUCGGGCGAUGGAGCUCGCACCAUCAACGACCACAAGAACAACUAUGGCGCCACAACUGUGGAUUUCUCCUGCAAGCCUGCACCAACCAAGUGUUAGAAUCCUCCCAUCCUCUUCUCCCGAACAUUCGCAGGAUUCCCUGCCUCUUCUCUAUUUCCCCACCCCCAAAACAACCUCCUUUUGACAAUCACCUUCUUCUUCCCUUAGCCCGUUAUUAGAAAGGGCUUGCCCGUAAUUAAAAAGGGAAGUUCACAGCUCAGAAAGAAGGGGUCUUAGAUAUACACUUGUUACUGGUGCCAUUUACGGCACCUUAUAAAGUGUUGAAUGCUCAUCAUGGCAUCUAAUAAAAUGGGUUUGCAUGACGGCUUUGCAAAUCCCCCUUGCAAUCAGCAUGAAGCCUUGAAGCUCUGAAGCAUUACGCAAAAUUAGCUUGCCAAAGUAGGGAGCUUCUUGUUAGAGUAGCGGGAAAAAGUUGUCAACUUAUACAUAUUAUCUAUGUAGAAGUUAUAGG